AUGUUCGGCUCGCAGAUCAACCGCACCGCGCAGCAGCCUGAUAUGGCUCUCGCCUCACCUCCUCCCGACUCCAUCUCCAAGAUGAUGUUUGCACCCGUCAUUUCACCCCUGGCGGGCGGGACGGACAUUCUCGCCGUCGGGUCAUGGGACAACAAUGUCCGGCUGUACGCCGUGAGGAAUGACGGCCAAUCGGAGCCGAGGGCAAUGUACAGCCACGACAAGCCGGUACUGGAUCUGUGCUGGCAUUCGGACGGGACAAAAGUCUACUCUGGCGGUUGUGACGGCGCGGUCAAGUGCUUUGAUCUGGCGACUGGCCAAGCGACGACUUUGCACACACACGACAAGCCAGUCAAAUGUGUGGCAUUCGUCAAUACAGGAGGGCAGCAGAUAUUGGUCUCGGCAGGUUGGGACAAGCAGCUUCGAUACUGGGAUGUAAACAACAAUCGGGCCAUCAUUCGACCAGGAUCAAGUGGGCCCGUCAUGCUCAGCGACCGGCCAUACGCGAUGGACCAUAACGGACAGAUCCUCGUCAUCGGGACAGCCGACCGGAUGAUACACACAUUCAGAUGGAGCGACCCUUUCACGUCAGCCGUAUCCCGCGACUCGCCACUCAGAUGGCAGACCAAAGUCAUCAAGUGUUUCCCUUCGAUCGAGGCAUACGCUAUCGGAAGCAUAGAAGGUCGUGUUGGAGUACAUUAUCCUUUCAUGCCGAUGGACGACAAAAUUAGCUACUCCUUCAAAUGCCACAGGCACGAUCUCUCGAACGGCGGUGUUCCUCAAGGCAUCGUCAAUCACGCGACUACCGUGUCGCAUAAUGGUGCCAUCCUUCCAUCGCAAUACGUCUUCGCCGUGAAUGAUAUCUGCUUCCACAAGGAGUAUGAGACAUUCUGUACCGCCGGGUCAGAUGGGGCCAUUACUUUCUGGGAUGGUAUGGGACGGACCAAGCUGAAAGGGAUGACGCUCAAGGAGCUGAACAAUGGGGAUAGUGAAUCCAAGCCACCACAAUUUGGCUCGCCCGUCACUUCAUGCGCUUUUAAUUCGAAUCACACUAUUUUCGCCUACGCAUUCUCGUACGACUGGUCCAAGGGGCAUAUGGGCGUACCAACAGCGAAUCAGCCAAAUCUCGCCCCGAGGAUCAUGUUACAUCCGGUCAAGCAGGAGGAGGUGCAAAAGAAGAAGAAGUAG